UUAAUUUUUAUCUUUUUGAACGUUCGGUCGAGUUUUUGAAAGAAAUUUUGCUACAAUUUCUAAUUGCAUGAGUAGUUUUAAAUUAGGCAUUUUUGGAAAGUGCUACAGAAAAUUCAAAUAUAUAUUUGUGCAUUCGUGACAGUAUAAGUGCUUAGAAAUAAUAUAAAACUGUUAAAAGUCAUUAUAGAACGGAAAAUAAUUUGUGCGCGCAAAAAUUUAUCUAGAACUUCAGACAAUUGUAUCAUGGAAAAGGAGGAAGCUGCAACUGUGCAGUACCAUCAAUGUGAUUAUAAGACACCCAAGAAAUCAUCCAUGUUAAUUGAUGCAGAACGCUUAUUGGAUAAAAUAAAUAUAUUAACAACAAAGCCAGAAAAUCAAACUAGUACAAAGCUACCAACAAUAAAAGAUUUUGUCGUAAUCAAACCAAUAAGUCGUGGCGCAUUUGGAAAGGUAUUUUUGGGUUAUAAAAACAAUGAUCCAAACCGACUUUACGCCAUCAAAGUUAUGCGCAAAUCGGAGAUGAUAAAUAAAAAUAUGGUAUCCCAAGUUAUUACAGAACGUAAUGCGUUGGCAUUAUCGCGUAGCCCAUUUUGUGUGAGUUUAUUUUACUCACUACAAUCGAUCUCAUAUGUCUUUUUAGUAAUGGAGUAUAUGGUAGGUGGUGAUCUAAAAUCACUACUAACCAUGUAUGGAUACUUUGACGAAACAGUGGCGCGUUUCUAUGUUGCAGAAGUUGCGUUAGCGUUGCAAUAUUUACAUGAGCACGGAAUUGUACAUCGCGAUAUAAAACCGGAUAAUAUAUUGCUAUCGGCGACUGGUCAUGUCAAAUUGACUGAUUUUGGUUUGAGUAAAAUUGACAAUAGGAGAGAUCUGGAGCUUUCUGACCUAAUAAACGUGUCACCUACUUUGAAUGCACGUACACCGGGCCAAUUACUAUCACUGACAUCACAUUUGUCUUUUGGUUCUGAGAAAAAAUUAGAAUGUGGAAAUGGCACUUCAAACCUGAUGAAUGCCAUAAACAAACGCAAUAUAAUCACUGAGUCUUCGGAUAGUGAAGCAGACACAUCAUUGAACGAGGCUGAACGGACGAGUGAUAGCAAGAUAUCUGGAGUCUCACCUUUCUUUUCUGCAGAAGAAAUUAACGUUUCCGUACCACAUACAUGUGUAACUAAUACUCAGCUCGCUGAUAGCAGUACUUCCUCUUAUCACACGUGUACAUCUACGGAGAUAAGCAAAAGCGAUGCAAGUGCCACUAGUGCUCCUAAUCCCACUGCCAAUACUAAACAUGUCGGUUUCGUAGACAUUAAUAUUGAAAUCAGGAUUGCUAGAGAAAACUGCAAUGGUUGCAAGGAGGAGCAAAAUAUGCGUUUAAAAGAUAAUAGCAAAAAUAAUAAGAUUUUAUUUAAGUUGGAGCUAAAAGAGCAAGAUGAAACUUCAUUUGAGUUCAGUAUGCUACGAAAACGUUCCUUAGAUGAGCGCUUGCGUACUUCAAAAGGCACCGAAGACUCGGGCGUAUCGAGCCGCAAAAGUGACUAUUCGCUGUCGCAGAUCAACACGACCACGAGCUCGCUAGAUAAAGCUGAUAAUAUGUGCAUUUCGAAGAUAGAUACCAGUUGCUCUGACUAUUCGCGCAGCUACAAUACGAAUAAUACUAAUGAAACUAACAGUAUACGUUCACCUUUUCGUAAUUUAUCGAAAAAUUUUAAGCGACCAGAAUUUUUAAGGGGUAUGAAACGUAAAUUAAAUCUUCUCAAUCGUUCGGAGUAUUCGUCCAAUAUGGAUGGGGACGGUUCUAAUUCUGGUUCAAACUCUGGCAGCACCGGACUCACACAAGAGAUCGAUAUAAUGGAUAUUGGCAGCAGCACGCCAAAGAAGCGUAAAGCAGUUAACGGCGUAUUGAAGAUACGUUCGCUCUCAGAUGAUGAUAUGCCACAAGUGCUCAAUGAGCAUGUCACAAAUGUAGUCUUCUCAACGCCUGUUUCAUCACAAAAGAUACCACGACGUGAUGGUGGUCUGUUGGGUAAACUAAAAGCCACACGAUUUGCUCUACCACCAUCGAUAGAUGUGAAAAAAUCUGAACAAAUUGUGGAAAAAGCGUCGAGUGUGCAAUAUUUAAAAAUGGCAGUUGAUGAUCCCACCAUGUCGCCUAUUAAUUUGGGUAAUAAUGUGCCGAAAACACCGAAAUGUAUCAAUACACCAUUUCGUACACCAAAAUCGGUGCGUCGGGGUGUUGGUCGUCAGUCUAGUGAACGCAUACUGGGCACACCAGACUACUUGGCUCCUGAAUUGUUGUUGCGGCAAGGUCAUGGUCCAGCUGUGGAUUGGUGGGCACUCGGUGUUUGCUUCUAUGAAUUUUUGACGGGUGUACCACCGUUCAACGAUGAAACACCACAAAAAGUUUUCGACAACAUUCUAAAUAAAAAUAUUGAAUGGCCAGAAGGUGAUGAAGCUCUUUCGGCAGAAGCAAUGGAAGCUGUCGAUCAACUGCUUACAAUAGAUCCCGCUGAACGUCCUGCAGCAAAAGAGGUGCAACAAAUGCGUUUCUUUGAGUCGAUAAAUUGGAAGAAUAUCGAGAAUGAAGAACCACCGUUUAUACCAACGCCUGAUGAUCCAACCGAUACGGGAUAUUUUGAGGCGCGUAACAAUUUGCAACAUUUAAAAUUAUCUAACUUUACACUAGACGAGUAGAACGGUGGUGAAGGCUGUGGUGGCGGUGGCCACGGUGGCGGGCGAGAGUGAGCUGUAAUAUAUAUUAGUGUAUUAAAAGUACAACCAAUAAACUGAAACAUGCAGGAGCUCCUUACCCAAUUAGACUGUUUAUUUUGUUUGAUUAGUAUAUAUAUAUAUUUUUUUUUCUAUUAAUUUUUCUUUAUAUUCAUGUUUAUUUUUUGUAGUUAAUUUAUCUGUUAGUGGUAAUGUUUUCAUGAAAUCAUUCAACAUGGCAACUUUCUUAUGUGUAGUAAUAUUAAAUGUUAUCUACUUGUGUACUACUAUGUAACGCGAUAAUCAAUUUACCAUGUCUAUAUAUAUAUAUUUAUACAUAAAUAUUUACAUAUGUGCAAAUGCUAAACAAAACAGUAAUAUAUGUGUUAAGGAAUUUUUCAAUUUCUUUAUAUGAUUAUUAUGUCAAUAACCAUUCAUUUUGUUCUUGAAAAUGGAUAUAUGCAUGUAUGUAUGUCUGCAAGUGUAUUUGCCCACACUUUUGCAACAAAUAACAUUUUUUCAUUAUUUGUUUUAAUUGCACACAUUCACAUUGGCCAUCUAUUUAUUUUACUCAAAUAUAUUUUAAAUGUUUUGUAACAGUUUUUUUUUUAUAUAAAUAGUAUGUAUCAUAUAAAGAUCUUUUACGUAAUAAACGAUAUUUGCACGAAUAAA